AUGGCUCCCUCCACCGUCAAUGGUGUCAAUGGCUCCCGCAAAGCCUCGCUCACCAACAACCCCCCCAGCGCCUGGCAAGCAAAACACCCUAUUGCGUCCCACUUCAUUGGCGGGAGUAGACUAGAAAAGGCUCCUCCGAGCAAGAUAAAGGACUUUGUUCAGGAACACGAUGGCCAUUCUGCCAUCACCUCGGUGCUCAUUGCAAACAACGGUAUUGCCGCCGUCAAGGAAAUCCGUUCCGUGCGAAAAUGGGCCUACGAGACGUUCGGCGACGAGCGUGCCAUUCAAUUCACAGUCAUGGCCACGCCGGAAGAUUUGCAGGCAAAUGCCGAUUAUAUUCGUAUGGCUGAUCAAUAUGUCGAGGUUCCUGGUGGCACCAACAAUAACAAUUAUGCCAACGUCGAGCUGAUCGUCGACGUUGCCGAGCGGAUGAAUGUUCAUGCAGUUUGGGCUGGCUGGGGUCAUGCCUCAGAAAACCCUAAGCUGCCCGAAUCACUCGCCGCCUCCCCCAAGAAGAUCAUCUUUAUCGGCCCCCCGGGCUCUGCUAUGAGAUCUCUCGGUGACAAAAUCUCCUCAACAAUCGUCGCACAACAUGCCAGGGUCCCCUGUAUCCCCUGGUCUGGAGAGGGUGUUGACUCGGUCGAAAUCGACAAGGACGGCAUCGUCACAGUCAAGGAUGAUAUCUACGACCAGGGCUGCGUGCAUUCUGCGCAGGAGGGUUUGGAAGCUGCAAAAAAGAUUGGCUUCCCCGUCAUGGUCAAGGCCUCAGAAGGUGGCGGCGGCAAAGGCAUUCGAAAGGUCGAGAAUGAGGAGGAAUUCCACAGUCUCUACCACGCCGCAGCCAGCGAAAUCCCCGGUUCUCCAAUCUUCAUCAUGAAGUUGGCAGGAAAUGCCCGACAUUUGGAAGUCCAGCUGCUUGCUGAUCAGUACGGCAACAAUAUCUCCCUCUUUGGCAGAGAUUGUUCCGUCCAGCGCAGACAUCAAAAAAUCAUCGAAGAAGCUCCUGUGACAAUCGCAAAUCCUGAGACCUUCCGUCGCAUGGAAGACGCCGCUGUCCGCUUAGGAGAGCUGGUUGGUUACGUUUCCGCUGGUACCGUCGAGUAUCUCUACUCCCAUUCCGACGACAAAUUCUACUUCCUCGAGCUCAACCCCCGUCUCCAGGUCGAGCAUCCUACCACUGAAAUGGUGAGCGGAGUCAACUUACCAGCUGCACAGCUUCAAAUUGCUAUGGGUAUCCCUCUGCACCGCAUUCGUGACAUUCGCUUGUUGUACGGUGUCGAUCCGCACAGAGCCACUCAGAUUGAUUUCCACUUCAAGAAUGAAAUCAGCCUGAAGACUCAGCGGCGUCCCCAAGCGAAGGGCCACACGACCGCUUGCCGUAUCACUUCCGAAGAUCCUGGUGAGGGCUUCAAGCCCUCUGGUGGCACGAUGCACGACCUCAAUUUCCGAUCAAGCUCAAAUGUCUGGGGUUAUUUCUCCGUCAGCUCUGCCUCCAGUAUCCACAGCUUCUCCGACAGUCAAUUCGGUCACAUCUUCGCCUACGGAGAGAACAGAUCUGCUUCCAGAAAGCACAUGGUGGUUGCAUUGAAGGAAUUGUCCAUUCGUGGUGAUUUCAGAACCACAAUUGAAUACUUAAUCAAGCUGUUGGAAACCCCCGCCUUUGAAGACAACACCAUCACAACGGGCUGGCUCGACCAACUCAUUACCAACAAGUUGACCGCCGAGCGACCUGAUCAGAUUCUUGCCGUACUUGCGGGCGCUUUGACCAAGGCUCACAUUGCCAGCGAGGCUAGCAUUGUCGAAUAUCGCAAAGGCCUCGAGAAGGGCCAGGUUCCUUCUAAAGAUAUUUUAAAGACAGUCUUCCCUAUUGAUUUCAUCUACGAGGGACAUCGCUACAAAUUCACUGCAACCAGAGCAAGUCUUGACAGCUAUCACAUUUUCAUCAAUGGCUCGAAGUGUCUGGUUGGUGUCCGAGCACUUGCUGAUGGUGGGUUGCUCAUGCUUGUGGCUGGCCGAUCCCACAGUCUCUACUGGAAGGAGGAGGCUACUGCUAUCCGUCUUAGCGUAGACAGCAAGACUUGCUUGCUCGAACAAGAGAAUGACCCCACUCAGCUGCGAACACCCUCUCCAGGUAAACUCGUCAAGUUCAGUGUUGACAAUGGCGCGCACGUUAAGGCCGGUCAGGCUUUUGCUGAAGUUGAGGUGAUGAAAAUGUACAUGCCCCUUAUCGCACAGGAAGAUGGUGUUGUUCAGUUCAUCAAGCAGCCAGGAGCCACCCUCGAAGCUGGUGAUAUUCUUGGUAUCCUCGCACUCGAUGAUCCGUCCAGAGUCAAGAGUGCCGAGACAUUCACAGGUCAGCUGCCCGACCUCGGCCCACCACAGAUUGUUGGCAACAAGCCUCCUCAGCAAUUUGCUUUGCUCCUCAGCAUUCUCCAGAACAUUCUCCUUGGCUUUGACAAUCAAGUCAUCCUUGCGUCUACUCUCAAGGAGCUAGUGUCUGUCCUCAGGGACCCUGAGCUUCCAUACGGAGAAUGGGCUGCAAGAUCGUCGGCCCUGCACUCGCGAACGCCUCAGAAGCUGGAUGCACAACUCGAGGCGAUUGUGGAGCGAACUCACUCGCGUCAUGCUGAAUUCCCUGCGAAACAGUUGCAGAAAGCCAUCAACCGCUUCAUCGAGGAAAACCUCACGGCUGCAGAAGGCACUGCGCUUCACACGACUCUGGCUCCUUUGGAAGAGGUCAUCGUCAACUACUCCGAGGGACUAAAGGUCCACGAAUUCGCCGUCUUCACCGGACUUCUCGACAAGUACUGGGAGGUUGAGAGGUUGUUCGCCUCGGGAAGCCACAGAGACGAAGACGUGAUUCUUAAACUCAGAGAGGAGAAGAAGGAUGACAUCGCCUCUGUGGUAUACACCGUCUUGUCUCACACCCGUGUAUCGUCCAAGAAUAACUUGAUUGUUGCCAUCUUGGAUAUGUAUCGCCCAAAUCAACCGAACGUCGGAAACAUUGCCAAGUACUUCCGGCCAUCUUUGCGCCGCCUCACUGAGCUUGAAUCUCGAGCGACUGCCAAGGUGGCUCUCAAGGCCCGCGAAUUGCUGAUCCUCUGCGCCAUGCCUUCGCUCGAGGAACGUUCCUCCCAAAUGGAGCACAUUCUGAAGUCCUCUGUUGUGGAUUCAAAGUACGGAGAGUCUGGCUGGGAGCAUCGUGAGCCCGACUUGGACAUUAUCAGAGAAGUGGUGGAUUCCCGCUACACCGUCUUCGAUGUCUUGCCUCUUUUCUUCGCCCACAGUGAUCCGUGGGUGGCGCUUGCUGCACUUGAGGUAUAUAUUAGACGUUCAUACCGUGCGUAUACCGUCAAGGAGGUCACGUACCACAAUGAUACCGAGCCACCAUUCCUUCUCUCUUGGGACUUCGUUCUUCGAAAAGUUGGGCAGACCGAAUUUGGACUACCCUUGGCCUCGUCAUUCCCGUCCGGUCAAGCGACUCCCUCAAUGGAGCGGGGCAACCCAUUCAAGCGAAUCACAUCCGUCAGUGAUCUGUCAUACCUGAACAAAGUUCAAGGCGGCGAUGAACCAUCGCGGAAGGGGGUCAUUGUCCCCUGCCAUUAUCUUGACGAGGCCGAUGAAACCCUCGCACGUGGUCUGGAUAUCUUCCCGAAGGGCGGAGACAAGAAACCUAGCCAGCCGUACCUCAUGCCAACGCUUGACAACCAGAGGAGGCCACUACCAAAAGCAGAUGCCAACGGCGAUGACGAAUUGACCAACGUCAUCAAUAUUGCCAUCCGUGAUAUCGAGAACUUGACCGAUGAAGAAAUCAUGCCUCGUCUCGUAGACCUCGUUGCUGAGUACAAGAAAGAGCUUCUAGCACGCAAGGUUCGCCGUGUUACAUUUAUUUGUGGCCACAAGGAAGGAAACUAUCCUGGAUACUUCACUUUCCGUGGCCCUGAAUACGAAGAGGACCAGAGCAUCCGUCACAACGAGCCUGCAUUGGCCUUCCAGCUUGAGCUUGGAAGAUUGUCAAGGUUCAAGAUUAAGCCAGUCUUCACUGAAAACAGGAAUAUCCAUGUGUAUGAAGCCACUGGUAAGGGCAUUGACAGUGACAAAGUCGUUGACAAGCGUUAUUUCACACGUGCAGUUGUCCGACCUGGUCGACUGAAGGAUGAAAUUCCCACUGCUGAGUAUCUCAUUUCCGAGACUGACCGGCUGGUGAACGACAUUUGUGACGCCCUCGAGAUCAUCGGCAACAAUAACUCGGACUUGAACCACAUCUUUAUCAACUUUACGCCCGUGUUCAACCUUCAGCCUCGCGAUGUGGAGGAGCAGAUUGCCGGGUUCUUGGAGCGUUUCUCUAGACGCUUCCUGCGCCUUCGAGUCACUGGGGCCGAAAUCAGAAUUCUCUGCACCGAUCCCGAAUCUGGACUGCCUUAUCCUCUGCGGAUCAUGAUCACCAACACCUCAGGUUACGUGGUCCAGGUAGAGAGCUACGUCGAGAAAAAGUCGCGCCACGGUGAAUGGGUGUUCGAGAGUAUCGGGGGAACGACUAAACUGGGUGCCAUGCAUCUACGUUCUGUGUCAACUCCAUACGCUUCGAAGGAGUGGUUGCAGCCUAAGCGCUACAAGGCCCAUCUUAUGGGAACCCAGUAUGUUUACGACUUCCCGGAGCUUUUCCGCCAGGCCAUCCAGAACAGCUGGACCAGAGCUGUUGCUAAGCAUUCUUCAUUGCUUGAGUCGAGACCCGAAAUCGGCACUUGCGUCGAAUAUAAUGAGCUCGUACUCGAUGAUGCCGACAAUCUUACCGAAGUUGCCCGCGAACCCGGCACAAACAAUUGCGGUAUGGUCGCCUGGCUGUUGACAGCCAAGACCCCUGAAUACCCGAGAGGCAGAAGAUUCGUCAUUGUCGCCAAUGAUAUCACUUAUCAGAUUGGAUCGUUUGGCCCAGUAGAAGACAACUUCUUCAACAAGGCCACCGAAUUCGCUCGAAAACUUGGUAUCCCUCGCAUCUACCUCUCUGCCAACUCCGGUGCUCGUAUUGGCAUGGCCGAUGAACUCAUUCCUCAUUUCUCUGUUGCAUGGAACGAUGAGGCAAAUCCAAGUUCAGGAUUCAAGUAUCUCUAUCUUACACCCGAGAAGAGAAAGAAGCUCAGCCAGAAGGAAGUCAUUACCGAGCCCAUCAGUGAAGACGGCGAAGAGCGCCAUAAGAUCACCACCAUUGUUGGUGCCAAGGACGGCCUUGGAGUUGAGUGUUUGCGUGGCUCUGGUCUCAUUGCAGGAGCAACCUCCAGGGCAUAUGAAGAUAUCUUCACAAUCACACUUGUCACCUGCCGUUCCGUCGGUAUUGGUGCAUAUCUCGUACGUCUCGGACAGCGUGCCAUCCAAAUUGAGGGCCAGCCAAUCAUUCUUACUGGCGCUCCUGCACUCAACAAGGUGCUUGGUAAAGAAGUUUACACUUCUAACCUCCAGCUCGGUGGUACGCAAAUCAUGUACAAGAAUGGUGUGUCUCAUAUGACCGCCAAUGACGACUUCCAGGGUGUGGAGAAGAUCGUUGACUGGCUGUCGUUUGUUCCUGAUAAGAAGGGCCAACCCGUUCCUGUCAGUCCAUCGGCCGACCCGUGGGACCGUGAUAUCACCUUCUUCCCAUCUCGCGCACCAUAUGAUGUCCGCCAUCUCAUCGGUGGUAAGCAAGACGACGAGGGCUUCCUCUCUGGCCUGUUCGACCGAGACUCUUUCCAGGAGUCCCUUGGUGGCUGGGCCAAGACCGUGGUCGUUGGACGUGCCCGACUUGGUGGUAUUCCCAUGGGCGUGAUUGCGGUCGAGACUCGAACUGUGGAGAAUAUCAGCCCUGCUGACCCUGCCAAUGCAGAUUCCAUUGAGCAAGUCGUGCAAGAAGCAGGUGGUGUCUGGUUCCCCAACUCCGCGUUCAAGACUGCGCAGGCUUUGAAGGACUUCAAUUAUGGCGAGCAGCUGCCUGUCAUGAUCCUGGCUAACUGGCGCGGUUUUUCUGGUGGUCAGCGUGAUAUGUUCAAUGAGGUUCUCAAAUAUGGCUCGUAUAUUGUGGACGGCCUUGUCAAGUAUGAGCAGCCGGUCUUCGUCUACAUUCCUCCCUUUGGAGAGUUGCGUGGUGGUUCAUGGGUUGUGGUCGACCCUACAAUUAAUCCCGAGCAAAUGGAGAUGUAUGCUGACGAAGAAUCUCGUGGCGGAGUUCUUGAGCCCGAGGGUAUUGUCGGUAUCAAAUACCGUCGUGAGAAGCAACUCGAGACCAUGGCUCGGUUGGAUGCUACGUACGGCGAACUCAAGACUCAGUCUCUCGCUAAAGGCUUGAGUCCUGAGCAAUUGAACGCCAUCAAAGCUAAGAUGACCGAGCGUGAGCAAUUGCUUGGACCCAUCUACCAGCAGAUCGCAAUCCAAUUUGCCGAUCUACAUGAUCGUGCUGGGCGCAUGGAGGCCAAGGGAACCAUCCGCUUUGCGCUGAAAUGGCAGAACGCAAGACGGUUCUUCUACUGGCGACUUCGACGAAGAUUGUCCGAGGAAGUCUUGUUGAAGAAACUCAGCUCCAGCCAAGCCGCUGGUGGCGCUCCAAUCGUGACUAAUAGUCUUGCACAGAAGGAGACCAACCUCGCAAUCCUCAAAAAUUGGACUGGUCUACUUGACGUUGAGUUUGACAAGGAUGAUCAUAAGGUGGCUGAGUGGUAUGAGAGCCAUCGAAAGGAGGUAUACGCCAAGAUCGAUGCUCUCAAGAGUGAUGCUAUUAGCAAGAAGGUUUCUGAAUUGUUGAUGAGUAAUAAGGAGGGCGGAUUGAAGGGCGUGCGUGAAGUGCUAAGCCUUGUUCCAACUAGUGAGAGGGAACAGUUGGUCAAGUAUCUUACAGGAGCAUAA